AAAAAAAAAGCCAAAGAUGGAGAGAAAAGGACCAAAAAGCAGAUUACAGUUUUGGAGUCAUCAGUAGGAGAGAACCCAGCAAACUGACAGACCUGAAAUCAUGUCCUUUGAUUGUAAUUGACAGGGAAAGCGUUUAAGGGAAGACCAUGUUAAGGGGUGGAUUUUAUACUUUGAUCUGAAGAAGCUGGGAUUCCCAGAAGAGCUCAUCUCUUUGAGGAUGGAGACACAUUGUGGAUUCCCUGUGCACCAAACCUGUGGUGCCCACUGCACCUCUCCAGGCUCCUCUGCAUGACAUCCAGAGGCUGCAGACAGUCCAAGUUUACUUCAUUUUACAGCAUGGUUUUAUAUCUACUGCACAAAUGACAAAAUCUGGAAAAUUUAAAGCAGGUUAUUUUGCAUCUAGACUGGUGUCUUCAUGAGGAAUAGCUGAACUGACUUCAGAUAUGGUCUUGAUAUCAUGAAGACUUUUCUUUCUACUAUCAACCAAAAAAAAGUUUGGACUGCAAAAUUAAGGCCAGUCAUCUAAAAGAUGCAUGUCAUGAUGUAUAUGAAAAGAAGUUAAAAUGGAACAAGGAGGAAAAACAAGUAUUUGGGGGAGAAAACUGUAAGUCCCCUGAUCUUGCCACCUUUUUCACUCAACGCAGUGUUUGGAACACCUCCUGCAAGUGCUCUCAGAGGGCACUUGAAGAAGGAAGAAAGGAUUGGGCUAAAGUUUUUCAUGGAGAUUUUUAUUUUCUCAUGAUCGAUCAUCCAGCUGAGAUGCCUACCUGGAUUCCUACUUAUAUAGAUAUAUGUCAAGCUCGUGUUCUGCAUUCCAGGACUCCUUUUUUGCUCCCUUUCACAGCAGGAAAGAGCUCCAGCUUCCUGGUUAUGCAACAAGAAAGGUGUAAGGUAUGCAUUGCACAAUCAUGGGCACAAUAAUAGUUCAGAAGAAAGAAAAGACCACCCAGAAAUGCUGAUGAAAAUGAAAUAAGGCCUGAAAGGAAAAAAUUCAGAGUCACUUUUAUUAGAAGAGCUCACAGGAGAAGGGGAUGAGAUCUCCCUGCCCUCUUCAAUCACCACUGGAGAGGAAAAAGCUCCCAGAAAACAGCCUUUUUCCAGAAGCCUUGAAACACAGAAUGGAUGUAGUGACUGGAUUCAGAGAAACGGUGUCAGGAGCACUGAACUCCACCCUUGUUCAGUCACUGGUGUCUUUGUGCAGCACUUUCCCAAUGCUCCUGGAGCUGGCACCUUCCUGCACUAGAGUUUGUCUUCUGCUGCCUCACUGUCCGGUGCUGCAUCACUGUUCUGUGCUGAUGCUCAAACCUUCUUACUGCAGCAAGCAUGCAAAGGGUAUAAACUGUGCUUUGGGCGCACCUGAAGCCAUGAGCGCUUCACUCUCCCUCCAUGGACACCUGGCCCUGGCUGUGGGAGCUGAACUGGGCACAGGCUGGGAAAGGUUUGUGGAAGGCACUGUUUAGAGACCUGUGAGUUUGUGCAACCUGCAGUUGCAUUUCCUCUCGAGUAAACAAUGAGGGAAUACUUCCAUGCUGUGCAGAGCCCAGGAGUGUUAAAUGACCUUUAUCGUCUCUUCCUGAAGGUGCCGGCAAGUCCAUACCUGGAGCAGGGAAUACCUCUUCCUCACUCCUUCUGCAACAGUCAUUUAUGUGUUGGACUGGGACUGAAAAUACAUUUCACUGCUAAAAUUGCCAUGGCUAAGGUUGUACAAGUGGUUAUUUGUUAUUUCAGCUACUGAUCCAUGGGCAUAUAUACAGUUAAAGUUUAAAAUCCAUGAAAAGACAUAUUCAGAGGGUUUGUGAAAAAUGAGACAGCUUUCCUUCCCUUAAUGACAGGGAUCUCAAAUGAGUUGUGUUGUCAAUGGGAGAGCAAGAGGUUAUAUAGUUUUCCAUAAUCUAUAAAGCUUCUUCAGAAUCAUGUCAUUAGCUUUCCUGUGGUAGAGCACAGCAGAGCUAAUAAUGCAAUUAUGGUUCAUGUAGUUAAACUAUGCUGCUGAUAUUUUUUUUUUCCCAGGAGGCCUUCAUUUCUGGCAAUUCUAAUCAUCUUCAUUGUACAGCUGUAUAGAUUCCAUGUUUCACUCUGAGGGAAAUAAAAUUGCAAAUAAAUACCAUCUUUCCUAAUGGCUCUGUAAAUGCCAGAUUUAGUAACCAUUAACCAAAUGUUGGAGUCCAUAAAAUGUAAUGUAUAGUUCUGUGUGUGUGUAUAUAUAUAUAUGUAUAUAUAUAUGGCACACUCAUAUACUAGUCGCCAGAACAAACUAUUGUGCUGCAAUAAACAAGAAUAGAAUUUCUUCCACUAUUUCAUUAUUCUCAUUUCUUGGUGCUAUAAUUAAUACAUUUUCUGGUUUUGACAUGCCAAGUCUCUCCCUGGCUUUCUACUGCAUUCAAUCUGUAAGUAUCAGAGUAAAAUAGUAUAAUUACUACAUAAAAAUGGUGUGUAUGUGUUUAGCAGGAGGGGGAUUAUUUUGAACAAAUCUGGAACUUGGAGUUCUUUAUCUGGUUCUGUAUUACCUGAUACUCAAGAAGUAUGAGAGCUGGCAAGCACAGGCUAAUUAAGAUGUUAUUUAGUCUAUUAUUAAGCACUAAUUUAGUACUUCUAUUAAUGAAAAAUUUCUUAAAAAAAUCUAUCUGUGCCAGUCCCCCCACUACAGCAAAAAUAUCAAUCCUGAGAUGUUGAAACACUAAUUAAAAAACAUAAAAUAUGAAAUAAGGAUGUUCCCUGCUUCCGUGGUCUCAACCGUCCUCGAUUCAGAUUCUUCUGAGAAGAUAAAAUUUUAAAGCAAUGAAUCUCUGAAAGCACUGCCCUGUUUUCUUGUGUGGAGGGGAAAGUUUCUCCAAACUUCUGUGUUUUUCUGAGUAAACUGCCAAACAGAUUACAAAGCCUUUCAAAUAGAUGCAUAAUAAAGUGAUGAUAAGGCAUGUUAAUAAUUCUGCUGACAAUCAUCCUUCUUUAACAUGCCUAGGACAUAAACAGUAGGAAAUAAGCACAGACAAUAAUUGCUAUUAGGUGCCUGAAGAAAAAACAAAGAUAUGAGAGGGACAUGCUAAUUAGGCUUCCUCGAUGGACCACAUGGUGAUGAAAAGGAGAUGAAAAUAAAAAUAAAGCAAACAAAGCUGAAGUAUUUAGACAGCCUUGCAAGCAGUUGUUGUCUAUGACAAUGAACUGUCCAUGGUUGUAAAGUCCUUAGAGACAAUAUCUGAGACAGUAUCUGUCAUUUUCCUGCAUACAUCAGAGGCAGGGAAGCACCAGGGUGUCACUUUGGCAUCUCGUGGGAUGUGCAACAGAACUGAUCAAUCCUGAGGGAGCUGAGAUGGGGAGACAGCAGGACCAGCUUCUGCCAGAGCAUCUUGUUAUGGGAAUAGAGCCAUUCCCCUCUCUGUGAAUGCUGGAGGAGAGAGGAACUGUGCAGCCAUGGCAGAUGUGCUAGGGAAGGUCGCAUGACUUUUCCAUUACAGCACACUUUUAAGUUAUUCACCUAUUUCUACAAACUCUAUUAUUGGUAAUUGUCUUUCUGUUACACUGUAACUGUUUUGGGUUCAGUACUUCUGUAAAGCAUUGAAAAGAUUCAACCUGGGAGUUUGAAAGCAAAAUGCUGUCAAGACAUACUAAUUAGAAAAAUUGUGCACAUGCAACCUCCUAGUGUUCACUUUGUUCUCAUUUGUUUUACAGAUGGUGCUGGGUCAAAGAAGCAACCUGUCCUUGCAGGACAAGCAGUUCUGAAGUUCUGAGCAUCUCUACGUUUUCCUGUAUGCACAAGUGUUCUCCUUAGGUUUUUUGCUUACCUAAUCACACUGGUGAUUUGCUAACAUUUUCCUCUUCUCUUUUAAUUUGUAUGACAAGCAAUCGGCAAAGUGAUUUGCGGAAAUCAAAAGUACAUAUUUGUUGUUUUUGGGAUCAAGAACAAAUGGAAAAACUUGUUGUGGUUUUGGUUUUUUUUUUUUUUUUUUAAUUUUGCCAGUAAUUGACCUGUGAUACAAGAAGAGAGGAAUAUAAAAUCAACCUGGGGAAAAAGAAUCAGGUUUCCAGAUCUGCUUUAAGCAGACUAAUGCAUGAACAUGUCUAUAAAAAUGAGUGACUGGACCCGUAGUAAAAUGGCUGCUUGGUGCCCACUGAAUGGUCCUGGCAAACUGAGGCACAAAGCUCUUACUGUGUAGCUUGAUGUGCCAGAUAAGUUCCUUGGGUUUUGUUUGACCCAGUUGGGAUGCUAACAUUUGGAUAAUUGUUAUUGCAUUAUUUUUCUGGAAAAUCCACAGUAGAUAAGGAUUGUAAUAAAUUCUACGUGUUUUCCCUAUUGGUUAUCAAUAGGAAAUAAUAUGAAAAAUAAAAUUACCUGGAAUCCUGCAAGGAUUACUUAGUGGGCCAUUACCAUUCCUUCAGUAGGUAGAAUGUCUAAAAUGCAAAACCAAAACAUUUUCAGAUUAAAAGAAAACACUCAUAGUUAUGCUGUAAUAUUGGGUAUACCUUCAAAGCAUUGGUACUAAAUGUAGAAAACAAAUUGGAUUGAGGUUCUUAGUUCCUUUUGUUAUUUUUUAGGGGAUGAAAAGCUUUAUCAGAACUAAGCUCAUCUAAAACUUAUUAUUCUUUCAGUAUGCUAAUUAAUAGAGCAGGAUCAUGGAUUUGUUAAUUAAAAUAAGAUACCUCAGGGAAACUGAAAUUAAUUUUGCUGUCCUAAUAGAGUUGCCAUUAUGCCAUUAAAUCUUAUGGAUGUCUUAUCUACUUCUCUUUUCUUCCUUCCCUCAAAAAGUAAAAAGAAUGGUUUUAUUUAGUUUGAAUUUAGAAUCAGAAUAUUGAAUGGUCGUUUUUUGAAACUGUGGAGAAGAUCAAUGAAUAAUCUGUGCUCUUGGUGCAGCUUGGGAUGGCCAGACCUUACCUGGACCUGCCUUGGCAGAAGCUCACGCUGCUGACUUGAGAGUGGGUAUCAACCUCAAUUUCAAAGCUUUUUACUUUUUUACAUUUUUUACAGAAGGAAAAGCACCUGACAUAUCCUCAGUGUUUUCUGAUACUCUGGCAUUUCACUACUCUUGCUUCCAAUUUAGAUGUUCCAUAGAAGAGAGAGGGAAAAGAAGUAAGUGUGAGAGAAGUACUAGUUUUUCUUCUACAGCAAAGCACAAUUGUUUUAAUUUUGCUUGAUGAAUUUUCAAGGCCAGCAAAAAGGUUCUCCAUCAUCACCAAGAACGGUAAUUGCAAUUUGUAUCCAAGACUUCUGUCAUUCAAUAUACUAGAUGACAGAAAUAAUCUUACUAAUAUACCCACUUUAUCCCAUUUUAUCAUAGGCCUAAAUAUGUAAAAUUUGAGACAAGCACAAAAUCUAAUUGUUAGGGACUGCUGAGCAGUUGCAGUUUGGUUAGUCCUGUGAAAGCUUCUGACUUCCCAGGAAGAAUGUCUGCUGUUUGCUUUCAGCCUGUAAAGUGUUCAGAGGCAUUGGCUGCAUUAAGGACAGCCAGGAGGCUGUUCUGUUACUGUUCAGUUGGUGUUCAGCAGACAGAAUUUGGGAUGUUUUGUGAAUUUCAGUUGAAUGUGGCAGCUGGUUUCAGGCAAAAGUAAAAAUAAUAACAGAUGGAAUUCAUUUCAGCUUCUCAAAAUAAAUUAAUGACAGUAUAUUAAAGUAAGCAGAAAAGUAUCCUAAAAUAUCUUUGUUUCCAGUUUACAGUCAAAUCAAGUAAACAGUGGGCCUCCAAUGUGCUCUUGCCACAGAAAAAGUUAUUCUUUCUCACACUCAAACCCAAUAAAUAUUAAAGGAUAUUUAUCUGGAGCAGAAUAGAUCUUCGGAAUAGAUUCGCCUUCCGGAUAGAUGUGUUCAUUAUUUAGAACAAAAUCACUUAGAAGUGAAAGACCAGUUUGGAAAUUUCUUCAUGAGCAGUGGUGAGUUUUUGUACAGAUUUUGGUGCAAGGUGUUCAGGUCUUCUAUACUGCAUCUUCCUGGCCUUAUUUUUUGAUUCAAUAAUGUUCUGCUUACAUAAGUCUUGAUGGCCAUACUUCCUCUGCUUUUUAUUCUAAAACCUGCUUAAUGUGACUAAAAUUGAAACACUUGGGUCUGGGGAUGAAAUCAGUUUUUUGGACUAAUUGCUUUGUACAGCUGUUUCAGAACUGGAAACCAGAACAGUUUAGCUUAGUGGCAGUGCCCACAGCCCCUCAAAGGCUAUAUUUUCAUAAGAACAAGAUUUUAGAGAUUAUUAAAAAAACCUUAAAAUUCAGUGCAACAGAAAUAUACUUCCAAAAAAAAAACCUUGAGAAAACCAAAACCCAAACACACCUGUUUCCCCUGAAACCCCCAAACAGACAAACCCCAUGCCAAAGCCGCCUUUUUUUCCUGUAUCAAGAUUUGGUAUGAAAGCUGCUUUAUGAAUUUCUGGUGGAUUGUCGUAUUUUGCUGACAUCUGUAUUUAGUUUCUGAUCCACACCAAUACUUGCUGGGGUAGCAUUAAAACCUCUGAUAUGUAUUCACUACUAUGUGCCAUCUCUAACCACUAACACUCCAAAGGUUUCUUCCCUUCCACAGUCACUCUGAGAUUGCUAUUUUGAUCCCAUUUCUCCCAGCGGAGUUGAAUGCAAAGUAAAGCUCAGGUUGCUGGAGAGCUGUUAUUUUAAAGAUUGCAUUUUGCUGUUAAUUGGUGCACGACAGGCACCUUGUGUAGCAGCUCCUGGCAGUGCUACUCAGGAUGCAGUUCCGCAGCGGCUCGGGGCACUGCCUGCGGAAUUCCAGCGCCUCUGCAGACGUCCUUGCAGGGGAGGAGCUCCUGCAGGCACCCGCUGGAGCAAGACACCUCACAAACUAAAGUUCAAGAGAAUCCUCAUCAGCGUCUUCCUGAGCUGAAAACACUGGAAUUUAAUCUGCUCAACCAUUCUUCAGACAUAUUCAAACCAGUGCAACUUGCAGUAGCAGAGAGGACAGGAAAUGGUCCCCAGCACCUCCCUGUGCUCUGCUGGGCUCUGUGCAUAGGCUCUGCCAUUCCUGCAGCCGUGCAUCCCAGCUGCCUGCAGAUCACAUCUGCCUGAUGAUUUCCACAGCAGCUGGGGCACUCAAGGCAGGAAUAUGAGCUGCUGGGAUGGGCGCAGGGUCCGGCGCUCCCCCCGCGGCCGCGCCGCGCUCGGUGCCGCUCCCGCCGCCGAUAGCCGGGACACAGACACCCUCUGAAGUCCCGGGCAUGCUGUGAGCCCUGCUUUAUUUGCUGCAGCAAGAAAAGCCUUUUCUUUUAACCCGGCUUCCUUUGAAGAAGUAACUCAGGAAGCUUCAUGGCCUCUCAAGAAUCUCAGGGACAAAGCAAACUAAUCUUUAAGGAUUACCUCCCUGGUUCUUCUGACACUCCUCAGCAGAAUAUGCCUGUUGAACCAACAAGUCUCUGGAAGCAAGCAUCACACACUCAUAAUUUGCCACCUGGUCUGGAGUACCUGAACCAGCUGGACCAGAUAAUUAUUCAUCAGCAAGUGGACCUUCUGGAAGCCAUACUUGGCACAGAGACCUCCAGCAAAUACGAGAUAAAGAACCCCCUGGGCCAGAGGGUUUACUUUGCAGUGGAAGAGAACAGCUGCUUUGACCGCAAGCUGUGCUCGCCCCUCCGGGCCUUCACCAUCAGCAUUGCGGACAACGCGGGCCGCGAGGUGAUCCGCGUCAUCCGGCCCCUCCGGUGCACCAGCUGCUGCUUCCCCUGCUUCCUGCAGGAGUUAGAAGUUCAGUCCCCACCAGGUACAGUAGCUGGGUACGUUGUACAGAACUGGGAUCCUUUUCUGCCGAAGUUCACUAUACAGAAUGAAAGCAAAGAAGAUGUGCUAAAAAUAAUUGGCCCAUGUGCAACCUGUGGCUGUUUUGAAGAUGUUGAUUUCGAGGUAAAAACUCUCAAUGAGAUGACAACGAUCGGCAAAAUUUCCAAGUAUUGGUCUGGAUUUGUCAACAACGUCUUCACCAACACCGCCAACUUUGGGAUCCAGGUCCCUGUGGAUCUCGACGUGAGGAUCAAGGCAGUCAUGAUUGGUGCAUGUUUCCUCAUUGACUUAAUGUUCUUUGAAAACUCUUUGGACGGAUUAUAACAAGAUGACAGAAACAAUGAAAUAUGCAGAAUCUGUUUCAGUAGAAAUCGCUUGAGCUUUGGACAUGAUUUUGAACUGCAAAAAUCCUUGUUCCUUAUAGGAAAAGACAGGGAGCUAAUGAUGAUGUUUAUUAAAAUAUGUCUCAUGUAAAUAAUAAUUUCCCACUUAUAUUUUUUAUGUGUAAUAGCUAAACACAUACUUUUCACACAGAGCACUGUUGCUUUGGAACAGUGCUAUUCUCUUCUUUCUCUUUUGAUGUUCCUGCAUGGGGAAUCAUGAAAGAUUAGAUGAAGGCUUGCAGCAUCACUGAUGAAAGCCUAAGUUUAGAGAAGCCUUUGAUGUUUUGCAAGUGCUGGUACCAGUUUCUAACCACAUGAGGGUGUGUUCUGGGGGUUUUGCUUUUUUAUAAUUUUAGAAGUAAUUUUCUGAUUUGUUAUUUAAUUAAUAGUAGCAAACUGAUUUGAAAGUAACAAAUAUAAAGACAUUCCCGAUGGGAAGCUGAAGAUGUUAUCUGUUUCAGUGAGUUGGAAGAAUGGAAGUUUUGUUUGCUAGUAAAUUAAUUUUGUGACAUAGAUUGUUUUAAUGAGUGGCAGCCAGAAGUUGGACUUCCAGCCCUAGACUUGGGAAUAUAAGCCCUAUUCUGAAAAUCUGGUCUUCCACUAUUUGCACUGAAGGCAGGCCAUAGAUGAAGUUUGGGUGAUGGUCCUCUGUGUGCUAGAGGCUCACAAAUCCCUUCCCUUUGUACCAGCCAGGGUUAAGGAUCCUUGCUGCCAUCUGCUCAAGGCUUUCCUGAAAAGGUUUGUUCCUCUUUGUAAUAUCUGGUGGCUGGUAAUUUCUCAUUCAGACUUGCCUGAGGCCAUCCUGGAAUAGAAUUAUUCUUUUCCUUUGGCAAGCUCAGGUAUUUUCUAUGAUGACUGGGCAGAAGGAGCUUUUCACAGUUCAGCAGUUUCACAUGGUUGUUCAUUCCUGCAGCCACACCUCAGUGUUCCCAAACAGUUCCACCAACUUUUGUUUAAUACAAGCUUCCUUUGUAGGAAUGGUAUAUAUGCAAGACAUAAACAGAUUUUUUUGCUGUUGUUGCAAAUUAUUUGCUGUAUGAACUUGCUUAUGUCUCUGAAAAACUCCCUUCAAGAAGCAAACCAGUACCAUAAAAUAUUGGUGGCAAACCCAAUUGCUCUCAUAGUCACCAGUCAAGUUUCUAAGGGGAACAUUUCACAAAUCACUAGAAAUACUGGAAUUUUUAAAAUUUUUUUUUUAGUGUCAACCAGUAAUUCAAUUCUUGAAAACAAGCAACACAUCAACGGAAAGAGAGGAGAUAAUGAAUAAUUCAUAAAAAUGAAAAAGAGCUAAAUUUAUCAGGUGAUUACUUCUCAACAAAUAUUUAGACUAAUUUUAAAUUAAUGUUCAUGGAUAUGAAUUCAAACACAGUGAAGUCAGGAAGUUGCAACUAACGUUCCCAUAGUGAAAUUAACUCAGGAAUGCUUAUAGAUUUAAACAGUAUGUUUUAGAUUAUAUACCACACUUAGGUAUUUAUACAGAUUUACAUAUGUCUUGAAAAUAAUUGUGGUUAACAAGCUCUGACAAUCAUCAUUAUCUGUUAACCAUUUCACUGCUGGCUCUCGCUGUGGCUCGUGGCAGUGAAAUCAGGCUGCAGGAAUUGGGAGCUCACGGGGAAUCUCUGCUGCCACCUUUCCCGGGAGGAAGCGCCCUGCGAGCUUCGUGGGCCAGAAGCUCCCUCGUGUGGAAAUCCCGGGAUUUGCAGAGGAAUGCAGGAUUUGCAAAGGAAUACAGGAUUUGCAGAGGAAUGCAGGAUGCUUUUUGCUGUUCUCACACUGGUGUUGUUCUGUCAAAUGCAGCUCCCACAUGCCUGACUGUAGACUGAGAAAAAGAACCAGAUUAUUUUUUCUCUUUAAAUCCCUUUGCCAUUUUAGACAGAAGUCACUGCUGUUGUAGCCCAUAAUCUUGGCUGUGGUGCAGUGUUACUGAGCUGUGUGUGGCUGAGCACUCGACUGAAUUCACUGCCUUAAGCUGAGCAGAAUCCCCACCCAUCUUCCACUUUUCCCGUGAAAUUUCUAGUCCUCUUGUGGCCCUUUACAAGCCAAAGAUGUCUCUAAGCAAAUGUGUCCAGCCUCAUUGAAGCCAACACAAAAUAAGGUUUUAUUUACCCACAGGGCUGAAUUUGGCUGUGAGCAUCCAUGUAUAUACUUUGUAGGUAAGCAAUAUGUGCAUAUAAUUUUCAAUUAAUUCCAACCAGAUGAUAACAUGGGAUUUCUCACAGUGACUUUGUUGCUGUUUUUUGUGUUAAUACAAAGGAUUUUUGCUGUUAAUGUGUAUGUAUAUGAAUAUGUUUGAAUGCCUCUGUUUACACUCAGGGGCAGCUUUUGGGGCAUGCAAGAACAGGCUCAUCCCCUCGAUAAAACAAGCAGUGGGGCUGGGACAGCUCUUGGUGCUUAGAACUCCCUCAGCAGGCUGCUUGCCCUCUGUGCCACCCUUCAGCAUGCUGGUGGAAAUUCAGUGCCAUUGCCAGUGCUUUUCCAGCUGGGAGAUCACUCAUCUGAACCACAGCUGUCACACAGGGCAGGGAUCCAUCCUCAGCAUGGAUUCUGCAUGAUGUUGCUAAAGAAGAUCUAAUGUGUUCUAAGAUCUUAAUAACCUGUAUCUCUAAAUAAUAACUUUUUCUUAUUAAUAGCAGUAUGUUUCAUGUUAUUGGAGCUAUAUGCUCACUUUUCACAGUUCCCCCAUAGGCUAGGAGUGGGUCCCAAAGGAGAAUCCAGAAUCUCCCAAAGGGUCACAAAGUUUUUCUAAAGCAAACUCAUGUCCUGGAUAUCAUCUAGAAAAAAACGUGAUUGCUCUAAAGAAACGGAAAUUUUACUUCAUCCAGCAAAGCAAAUAUUUCUGAUCAGUGGCCAAACUGUAAAUCUGUGUAGUUCACACUCCUUGUGUUCAGUAGAUGGCAGCAACAGCUCAUUGUGACAGUGUUUAACUUUUCACACAUCAUCCUUUUUUCACCCAGGAUGCUGAUGGAAGUUCAACAUACCUUUAACCUCCAAUUAGAUUCUACUCUUAACUGAAGGAUUUUAUUUUCUCUGUCUGCUAUUAAACCUUUGCCACACAAUACUGGAUUAUCUUUACUGCCUGCAUUUACAGCUGAACUGAUCGUUAUUUUAUGAGAUCUGAUCAGGGCAUGGGCAGAAUACAGUCUACCACAAAAUGAGCUCCUCUGGUCAGUACCCAGCCUAGUUUUUUGCACCCGGAGCAUCUCUCCAGCUUCUGCAGGUGGGCAGGGGAGAAGCCCCAGCCCCAGGACGCUCCCCAUCUGCAGAAACAGAAGGUGCCAUGUAUAAAGGAGAGUGCUGUGUGGUGCUGUACCUAGAAAAGGUUUCUAUGGGAAAAGGUUUCUGCUGGGGCAGAGUGGGGGAAAUCCCUGUAGUGCCACAAACCCAGGUGGCACCAGCACGUGGGCAGAAGUUGGUUUGCCCAUGGGAAGAUCAGGCACUUCCUGUCAGAGAGUGAAGACACAGAGUCACUGUAAGUUUUGAGAUUCUUUGGUUGUCUGCUAAUUUGGUGCAUGCAAAAGUACUUCUCUUCAUAGGCAUUGCUGUCUGUAUUAAAAAAAUAUUUUUGUGUCAAUUUGGUUAUUUGUUGGAUUAGACAAACCUGGAAAUGAUCCAAAAUGCACAUUUUCUAAUAGAGUUGUCUAAAUGAAGCUGUUUUGGGGGAAAAAAAAAAAAAAGAAAUUUCCUCCUUCUGACCCUCAGUUGUUGUAUUGGUUUAUUUUAAAUUAGAGUGGUAUGUUCUGUGUUAGAAUGAUGAAUCCUAGUUUAAUUCAACUCAAGGUGAGUAUUGAAGGAAAAAUUACCUGCAAGUCAUUUCAUCAGGACUCACUUACUUGAUGUGCUUUUCCACUUUAAGAUACUCAUUUGAAGGACUUGUUUUCCUCUGUUCCAGUCACAUUAGGUAAGUGCUCUAUUUACACUUCUGGUGUUUUGUAUUAAAAACCCAUACAUAGAAACAACCAAACCACGAAACAUCCUGCAACCUUCUGUUACAGACAGUGCUUUGUGAGGAACACCUGUUUCUGUCUAGAAAUGACCAUGGGCAUUUUCUCUUUCUGCCCCCUCCAGAUCAUAGAAUCACAGAAUGGUUUGGAGUGGAAGAAACCUGAAAGGUCACUGAGUUCCACCUCCCUGCCAUGGGCAGGGACACUUUUCACUGUACCACGUUGCCCAAGGUCCUAAAGGAAAUAUCACAGUGCAUGUGUCAAGGUCCAGUAUUGCAUCAAAAGUCUUUUCUUAGUCAUCUCUGGAUUGUUUGCAGACCUUGGGUAAAUGUUGGACAUAAUGACUGUAUUAGUUUUCUAUCCAUGUGUCUUUUAAGCAGCUGUCACAAUAAUGUCCAUUUAUACCAGCAAGAACUGAGAAAAGAAAUGCAGCCUGGGAUCAGAACAAGGAUCACUACUAUAAAUACCUUGUAUAUUUCACACUUUUCUAGAAUUCAAGAGAAAGUUUUGAGCAUUUUUUUUUUAAUAUUUCUUCUGGGCUCCCUGAAGAACCCAAAGUGUCAAAAUACUGUUUUAUUUUAAAAAGUCCUAUUUACUUUGCAAAUCCAGGGGAGAUAUUUUGACUAUUAUGUAUAGGAUAGCAUGUUGAGUGUAUAGGAUAAGAGUAAGAAAAGAUUUUUUUAAAUAAUGUUUUAAUAAUUAAUAAUCCAGAGGAAUUUCCAUGACAAGCUGAGAGAGCUGGGGCUGUUCAAUCUGCAGAAAAGAAGGGCCCAGUGAGACCUUACAGCACCUUUCAGUACCUAAAGUUGCUAUAUGAAAGUUGGAGAGGGACUUUUGACAAUGGUGUGUAGUGACAAGACAAGGGGGGAUGGUUUUAAAUGGAAAAAGAGCAGGUUUGCGUUAGCUACAAGGAAGAAAUUCUUUAUUGUGAGGUGGUAAAGCCUGUCACAGGUAGCCCAGAGAAGCUCUGGCUGCCCCAUCUGUGGAAGUGUCCAAUGCCAGGCUCAAUGGGGCUCUGAGCAACCUGGGAUAGUGGAAGGUGACCUUGCCCAUGGCAGGGGAUUGGAACAAGAUGAGCUUUAAGUCCAUUGCAAACCAAAUCAUUGUAGAAUUUGUUUAUUUAAUCUUCUAUCUCUAGUUCCAAAUAAUUGUAGAUUAAGGCUCAGAACAGCUGGCUAAAGACCCACAAGGGGUGCAUUCUUUAGCCUUUGGCAUUGCCCAGGUCUGGGUUGCCAAACACUGUGUUUGGAACCCUUUAAAAUAAGACUAAUUAAAAAAUGUUGUGGUUUGAAAUUCAAAGAACUUUAAAAAAUAUUAGUAUUUAAACCAAGAAACUCCUUAGAGUUUAGACAGUUUUAAAUCUUUGAUUCUGAAAUGUUUUCACUUAAGUAAGCCUACCAUAUGAGAGCAGCAUCACUUCAAUGCUCUGAAAAUGCAACAGUUGAGAUAAAAACAAGUUUAGCAGAAGCCAGGACAAGUGGGUCAUUACUUAAAUGAACAAUUUGAUAAAUAAAUUAAUUAAAUGGUUCCCUAUUAGGAAGAGUUUUAUCUCUGGUUUUAUUGCUUUCAGACUCUCAAGGGCCUGAUACAAAAUGAAAUAAAAACUCACAGAAGAGUGAAAUACCACCAAGAAUUAGGGUGUACAGUGUAUUUCACCCUCCUUGACAUGGUGGAUAUUGCUCUUGCAAAGUCUGCAGACCCACAGUUUGAUCACUUCCCUUUCCUAAUUGAGCCUAAGAGAAGAUCAAAGAAGUUUUUUUUUCCUUUUGCUGAUUUGCAAGAUUGGUCAUGAUAUGUUUUUUGUCUGCUGUGGAUGCUCAUUCAGUAUUCAUCAUUGUUAUACAAAGCCAGUUCUUGCACUGUUACAAGCAUGAGGUGUGUGGUGGCCCUGUCCUUGCUGCUGAGGAAAAAGGUUAAUGGGUACAUUUUCUCCUGUUCUGCUCAAUAAUGGCAAACAGUGAGGGAGGAGAUGAUGUGGAAGUUUCAGAGCAAUCAAAUAAGGACAAGAGACAUUAAAUCUAGGCAGGGCAGUGGAGAGAAGCCCUUGUGCAAACAGGCAGGUGUGUCAUUGGCAAAUACUUUGUUCUGUAAGGGCACAGAAGCAGCAAUUGAUAUGCCAAGAUCAUCUGUGCCAGCAGGCGUGGCACCUAAAUAAAGUACGUGCAUGUGAUCCACAAAAACUUCUGUAAGGUGAAACUGUUUGCUUUUAGCUGCAGUGAUUGGAGCCAGUGGGACCAGGUGUUCUGUUCAAGACUUGUAUUUUAUCAACAGAUGAACUUCCCUCCUCCAGUAAGUUUAUGCUUUGGACUUCCAUACAACCUGCUGUUGUCAUAAAGAGGUGUGGUUUUAUGGCCGGGGCAUAACAAUGAUAGAUGCAUGGCCCAACUAAUACACUUAUUUGAAACAGCUCCAUAAAAUGGUUUAUCUUGACUCUUGUGGUCUUUUUCAGUUCUGUCCUGCCAGGACUGUGUUUGAGUGGUUCCAUUGAACAUGAGGUUUUAGCUGAGCUGUCACCACCCUGGGUAAGACCCUCAGCCCUGUCAGAUGGGAAGGGUAAAUAGUUGUGGAGCUUGGGAGGAGGAGAAGUCUGAUGGAAACAAACCCCUGCAAAAUCAGGGUAACAUGAGCUAAGGAAAGAGUAUAGGAACAAAAAUUAGCAGGGACUGGGGGAGGACACAAGGAGAAUAAGAUAUUUCUAAGAGUAAAUGAAUGUUUUCAAUCAGAAGCGAAAUCUAAUACGGUCUUUACAAAUACAUUCUCAGUGGAAAAGAGUUAUGGAUUUUUGCUAAAAGUAAGCUUGGUGAUCCUGCUUGGUGUAGUCAUAAUUCUUUACUGCAUUGCUGAUCUGUUCAACCUAUAAUGUUCUUUUAUCUUGUACUUCAGGAAUGUAACUGAUAAGAGAUGAUUAACAGAAAAAAUGCUUAAGAAAAUCUGCAGAAUUGCAAAAUGCCUCAUGGAGCAUUGAUGUGCUGAGCACUAUAUGUAUUUAUUACUACAAAUAUGUAGUAGCUUUCUUGGUGAACUUUUUAGUCUAAAACCAUUAUAAUAAACUGAAAUAGAAGCCACUCCUGAAGCAGCUAAAUCAUUGCAGAGGUAGUAAAAAAAAAAAAAGUUUCAGAUUCCUCUCUUUUCCCAUGAUGUCCCAGAAAGUAAAUUUUUUAAAUAGCUUUGUUCAGUGUCUGAUUUAUAAAGCAAAUAUAUCAUCUUAACUGCAGUCAUGGUUGAUGUUGUAGGGUUUAGAAUUCCAGCACCUCAGUGAAGCAUUAAAACCACAGGGUUUUGAUGAAAGCCUGAUAAAAUAAAUGUUAGGGUUUGGAUCAGGUCAUAAGGCCUUCUGUCAGAUGAGUCCCAUGCAACUGUAGACAGCUCUAACAGCAAGUAUUUUAUAUUAAUAGUUCAGAAAGAAUAACUAGAAAUACUGUAAAACAUUUCUUGUAAAGCCGUAGAGAACGCUGAUUAAUGCUAAUAUAGAUCUAAUUGGGCAGAAAUCACAUGCUCUGAAAUUCUGGGAAAGAUCACUGAAAGAGAACCAUGUGGAAUAAUUGUAAGUACCAGUGUGAAAAAGACUUUUACUUCAAUUUUGAAAACCUGCUUCAGGAACAUACUGGCUCCAGAAACUCACAGAGCCUGCCUGCACAGGCUUUGUAGGCCCCCUUAUCCCAUCCAGCUGGCAGGAGCUGCAAGUGCAGGGUGUGGGACCUCUCAGAACCAGGGGCACUCUGGGUCCUGCAGCAGUGCAGGAGCAGCUGGGCACGGCUGGCUGCAGGUGUGUCCCCUCUGGCAGCACACAGCACAGCUGGCACAGCUGGAAGGGAGGCACCAGCCUGGCCAGGAGCUCCCUCCAUCAGCACAGGCAGUGUGGAUGUGCUGCUGCUGCUGCCCUGCCAGCAGGGACAUGGUUAAAGGGAGAGGAGAAGUGAGGAGAGGGCGUCUGUAACAGCCUGAUCACUAACAACCAGCAGCUCAAUUACACUAAAGAAUUGAAUCAAAGAUUGGAUGGCAAACACAAUUUAUAAUACUGCAUGAUACAGCAACAAGGGAGAAAAACCUUCUGGGCUGGGAGUAACAAAUCUGGCAAACUUGAUUUAGGAAAUAAUAGGACUAAAUGUGAACCUCCUGAAAGUUGUGCUCAGGAUUUCUGGGAAGUGGCUCUGGCCUGAGCAUGGGGCUCACUGCCUUGAUGAGCAAUUUCUUCAUGUGUGAUUAUUCCACAUCCCAGGGAAUCAGUGUGAGGAAAGAAUUUACAGUACCUGACAUGGGUGACUAAGUCUUAAUAUUGAACAGGAUUUAUAUCUGAUGUAAAUAUUUUCCAUUUUCCCUUUCCUAUCUUUUCUCCUCCCUGAAAUCCCCCAGCUGUCUGUGUAAGAAGCAGUGCCUAGUGCUGGGCUUCCUCAAUUUUCAUUCUUAAUUGAGCUGUAAAUUCACCUCAUAAACUCUUACAGAUCUAGUGGUCCUACAUUUACAACUUUUUAAUUAUCUUCUUAAUUAACAGAAGCCUCAAGGUUCCAGUAUGUUUCUAUCAGAUGAGUCUGUUAUGAAACACAUUAACUUGGACUUCACUGGUUUUAAAAACAUCCUCUCCUCAGCCUGGUUCUGUGUAUCAGCAUUGCUCUCUCUAUUUGUCCUCUUGUUGAUAAAAGUGUUUGGGCUGAGUGCUGCAUUACAUUCUUUGCUGUGCUCAGAGAGGUGUGACUGGUGAGCAGGAUGGGCAAAGGGAGCAGGGGGAUUCCUGGUACCCUGUGCACCAUGGCAGGGGGCUGCUGCUUACAGGCUUCCUUGUUUUAUGUUCAUUUUCAAAGGGGAGUGUCAGCUCAAGGCUGUGGUGUCCUGCCAUAGCUGCUUUCUAUGAUUCCAGUAACAGUUGUGCAGGAAUGUUGGCCCUGGAGCACUUUGGCCAGUGAAUCCCAUCCAGACAUGGUAUGUGCUUGUGAGAAAAGGCAUUGGAGGGAGGGAGAGUUCAAGGACCACUGACAUCUCACUGCUGCUGUGUGAUUCGGUUUCGCCUGCAUCAGUGCUUAAAUGAAAGAACUUGGCUGCACUUCUGCUCCAAAACCACAAAGAUAACUGAGCAGCCUGGGAGUUCAGAGUGCCAGCCUUGACAUAGAGAGCUGGAUGUUUGCCCAGGAUGGGAUUGUCCUGACUUGAUUUUUUGGAGUAUUUCAUUAAUUAGGCUGGUAUUAUUUAUACUUUUUAGGAACAAAUUCAUGCCUAGGAAAAUGUUCCCUGUAAGUACCUGUUUGCAGUAGCAAUAUCCCUUUAGCAGAAAACAGGAUUUACACAAGCUGCAUUUUAAACUGUUGGUACCACAGUUAAUCCUAAAUGCUAUAAACUGUAAUGGCCUAUUUCUUUAUGUUGAGUUGCUCUUUUCCUCCCAAUAUCCCAUUUUCCAACUGCAAAGCAGCUUAUGGUGGUUCAUCUGCAGCGCUGACAUUCAAAACCUUGCAUGACUGGCAGCAGUAAAACUUUAUUUAGCUCCCUUCUCAGGCUGAGAAGGAGAUUGCUGUGGCGCAAAAACAUUCAGUAGCAAAACCAAGUGUGUGGUAUUGCUUCCAUUGUUGUUCAGUUGUUGUUUUCCCCUCAUGUUGGAGUAUCUUGAGGAAGGACUGAUGGUGAAGCUGACAGCUCUGCGGGAAUUGCUUUUCCUCUGUGAGGGAUCAUUACAAUUGUUGGAAACAGCACAGGGGGAGAUGCUGCUCCCCAGGAUACAUAAAAAUAUAAGGGAUGCUACUUUAUGUGGUUUGGAAGUCAUAACUGUCCACUGAUGUUAUCUGGAUGCUGAAUUAACUAAAACAUUACAAUACUAAACCCAUUUUCACCCAGUUUCACUCUCAAAGGAAAACCUAGCCCUCAUUUGUUAGACUGCAGGCUUGAUGACUGACUUGACAUUGUUAAAUGAAGUCAAGUAAGUGAAUAGACCUGUUUGCAAUUUCUCAAUUGCAAAUCUUUAAUACAGAGAUGAUGUGUUAGUUGCUUCUUCUGGCUUCAUGAAUGCAUAUUUUAUUAACUACCAAGACAAAAGGAGAGCUACACUGAGAUUCAGGGGAUGUCAGAUGCCUAUCAAGUGUUAGCAGGGUGGAAUCCAUUUCCCCAGUUCCACAUCAAAGAAAUACUAAAAGUAAUAGUGACACUAAUGCCAAGAAUAGCAAUUUAUGUACUUUUUUUAAAUGCUUGGAUUUAAACUGCCUUUUACUGCCUGUACACCCUGUCUGUCACACUGGUGGUGUGCUCAUGCUAGAUUCAUCAUGCAGUGUUAAAAUGUAGAUUUUGCCUAUUAGAACAUUGCAUUAUUUGCCUACCUGCUUUCAGAACCACUACUACUUUGGAUGUUAAAUAUAGUAUAAAUGGAAAAAAGGAAAAUAACUUACUGGUUCUGGAGAAGACUCCUUAAAUGUGAAUAGUUAUUUGGAGGCAGUCUUUUAAAAUGUAAAUUUUCCAAGCAAGUUCUAAAUAUUGUGAAAAUUGUAUCAGGUCAUUAUCACUUUGUCAUCAAAUUUGGGAAUAAAACUAACACUGUAAUUUCAGCAUCAGAAAGUGGAAUCGCUUUUAUUUUCAGCACGGGGCAUGAGGGGGAUCUCUCUGCCUAACCCCCACACCAUAGCUAGAGAACAGAGUUUAAACCUGUGUAAAUGAUUCAGACUCAUUUCAUCUCCCCAAAUUCAUACAGACGUGCUAAACGUUCCUGCCAGUUCUUCUGCAUGUUUAAAUCACCUUCCAGCAGCAUUGCUGAGGCCCAGUUUCUAAGGAUAAGAUAACCACUUGCACAUGUGAGUGCAGCCUAAGUACUGUAAGCUAAAGAUAAAGGAAUUAUCAUUUUUACAGUUAAAGUUUUUCCCAAAAUGUGCACAAGUGAAGGAUGGCAAACAGCAGAAAAAAGAAAUUUGCACCCCAUGGCUGGAGCUCCAGCCAGUGCAGCUCAGGAGCUUUUCCUGGCCUGCCACUGAGAGGAAUCUUCUUUUCCUUUGUUCCCUCUUUCUUUCUCCUCUAUUCCUUCUUUUUCUUUUGUUCUUUCUUUUAAUUUAUUUCCUGGUAGCCCCCUCAAGUUUGUGCCUCAAACCUCACAUCCUAUUUCUUUUCUAUAAAGACAACAACUACUCUCAGCUUAUCUUUCUCUUCAUCUCCCAUGCCUGUUGCUCUUCCAGGUUUGCUUUCCAGAUUAUAAACACUGGAGAAGAGAGCCUUUUGUUGGGGUUGUGUCCACAGGCACGGGAGGCAAACACCCUGGUAACCACUUUUAUUUCCUUCAGCAGUGCAAACAAUGCCAUGCCUGAGGUUAAAUGAGGUGAGACAGCGUUUGAGCUGCCUAAAGGCUGUUUGCUCUCAUGUACAGCCCUGAGUGAAAUGAACUUCCUCCUGUGUCCCCUCACAGAGAUGUCCUGCCUGAGCACUGAGAGAAAAGAAGCUGGUGAGGGAAUGUGAGCAAGAGAGAUGAGAGCUGCGUCCAUCACCCCAACUCCAGGUUACUGGAGACCUCUGCAUGAGAAGCUGGUGUGGGAACUGGUCCCACUUCUGGUGCUGGGCACCACAGGACCAGAUGAGGAGCCAACAUCAGGAGCAUCAGAACUUAAAGCAGUAGAAAUAUCCAGACCAUAAGCAACAUAGAAAUCCUAGAAAUCAGGGUCAAGAAUCUACAAAGAAUGUUUCUUUUCAGGCAUUUCCCUGCUGAUUAAAUCUGCACACUGGA